GACAUACAGCGAAUUGUAAAGAAUUCAGUGAAGUGUAGCGUUUUUUUUCUUUAAAAUAUAGUUAUUUGCCGCUGAGAGUAUCAUUCAUAAAGCAUAAAAAUGGGGAAUAUGUUUGCAAAUUUAUUUAAAGGCCUAUUUGGCAAAAAAGAAAUGAGAAUACUGAUGGUUGGAUUGGAUGCUGCUGGUAAAACCACAAUUCUAUACAAACUUAAAUUAGGUGAAAUUGUUACAACAAUUCCUACAAUUGGGUUCAAUGUGGAAACUGUAGAAUACAAAAACAUCAGUUUCACUGUGUGGGAUGUGGGUGGUCAGGAUAAAAUUAGGCCACUGUGGAGGCAUUACUUCCAGAAUACACAGGGUCUCAUUUUUGUAGUAGACAGUAAUGACCGAGAACGUAUCGGCGAAGCGCGUGAAGAGCUCAUGAGAAUGUUAAGUGAAGAUGAGCUUCGAGAUGCUGUACUUUUGAUCUUUGCAAACAAACAGGAUCUGCCAAACGCAAUGAACGCAGCGGAGAUAACGGACAAGUUGGGUCUGCACUCUUUGCGCAACCGCAACUGGUACAUUCAGGCGACGUGUGCCACAUCCGGCGACGGCCUCUAUGAGGGGCUCGACUGGCUCUCCAACCAGCUCAAGAACGCAAACCGCUAACCGCAUGUGCGCUACCAACUCACAGACAAAUCUGAUUACGAAAAGAGACUAUGGUUUAAGAUAUGUUAACUUUAUUUGCUAUGAUAUACAAUGUAUUAUGUGCGGAAUCAUAAAUGUAUUACCGAUGCGUCACCUGGUGACCGAGCUUUCAUCGCAUGCUCCGAACCGCUAGAGGUAGAGGAACGCUACAAAAUCCACGUCGAGCUCGCGGCGGGACUGCGUACAUCGUCGUGCUCCAGUGCUCAGUGGUGUUAGGGUCCAGAUUUAUAAAAUGCUUUGUCUGUUCGAUCCCCGAUGACGUUGAACAAAAUAUAGUGUGUAAAUUUAAUGCAAAAUUACAAUUUUGUUUACGAUUAUCAGUAACGAAGGAAUGGUGUACACGUUGAGUGAACGCGCAUUGUGAUGUGGAUAGGUACGUAGCUGACACGUGAUAAAGUGAAUCACAGCAUAACAUGUUUUAUAUGUAUACUAUAAUUUGGAAUAAGUUGUCGUAAUAAAGUAUUUAAAGUUAAUUAACUUUUUAUGACUUUGAUUUGUUUAGUGAUAUGCCUGUAGCGACCUUGAGUGGUAGGCAGCUGCUCGAUUGUAGCGGUAAGGCGGUAGACGAGGGCGGUAGGCGGUAGGCGGUAGACGGUAUUUUAUAUCGUCCGUACCCGCUACCUAUUCACAUCGCUUUGUUGUCCAAAUUCAUAACGUGUCCCUUAUUGUCGUCGAUUUUUGUGCAUAUUCCACUAAUACUUUGAAUGACUUAUUGUAUGAUGAUAGUUUAUUUUUUAUGAAAGUUAACUAGGUAGAGUAAGCUGUUACGUAUUUAACAUCAGAUACAGUUCUUUUAGACGGUACCGUUUCAUUUGACGGCUCGUUGUGAUGAUCCUGCAUUUACAGUCGACUUCUCAUGGCGAUCCGAGAUUAACUUGUAAUUUAGGUAAUAAUAUGUAUUAGAUAAACAUGAUGUUUUGAGAAGUGUUCCCAUUUUAAUGGGAACAGUGCUCAGAAGAUUCUGCGGUAUUUUGCUCUUACACAAUUAAUUAUAACUUAGCGUUUUAUAAUAAUUUAGAGAAAAUUGUUAAAACACAUUUCAGGGAUGCAGUUGGAGAAUGGUGAAUAGACUUUUUUUUAUUUUUAUGAAAAUCAAAUGAUAAAAAGCGAAAUGUGACAUUCCGGUUUGUCUUAUUGCUGUAUUAUGGAAUAAAAUAUCCUCACC